CAUCAGGUGCCCUUCUUGUUUGUUCUGGACUUCUGUCUAAGCGCCGUUAAUCGGCCCUUUUAGACUACCAGAGGUGGCGAUGACCCGCAUCUAUCAGUAACAAGUCGAUCACAUGAGCCGUCGGCUGGAUAUUACGCCACUUACCUGGGUUCAGUGUGUGUGUGUGUGUGUGUGUGUGUGUGUGUGUGUGUGUGUGUGUGUGUGUGUGUGUGUGUGUGUGUGAGCGCGCGUGUGCGAGUUUCGGGGUGGGGUAUAAUGGCACACAGCUUCCUCUGGUGUCUCUGUAAAUCCGCAGUGGAGGGUUGACAUCUUGUUGCUAUCUUUUUUUCUUUAGAGGUAAGAGUGUGACUGGACUAGAGAUGGCUCUGCUAAUGGAGCACCAGUUCAGACAGCUGCCAGCUGACAGACAGGUGGAAACAAGACCGUUUCUGGAGGCUGUGUCAUACCUUCCACCGUUUUUUGACUGCCUUGGCUCUACUAUUUUUGCACCAAUAAAAGCAGAUAUAUCUGGUAACAUCACAAAAAUCAAGGCAGUUUUCGAUACCAACCCAGGGCGGUUCAAGACACUCCAGCAGAUUGUGGAGGCAGAGAAGGAAAUACAUGGAGCAGAAUGGCCCAAAGCUGGAGCGACGUUGGCACUUAUGUGGCUAAAAAGGGGUCUACGAUUUAUUCAAGUGUUCCUACAGAGCCUAGUGGAUGGUGAAAAGGAUGAUAGCAACCCAAACCUCAUUCGAGUCAAUGUCACCAAGGCCUAUGAAAUAGCCCUGAAAAGAUAUCAUGGCUGGUUCGUGCAACAACUCUUCAAGGCAGCUCUUUUCGCUGCUCCAUAUAAGACGGAUUUCUUGAAGGCCCUCUCCAAGGGUCGGGACAUCAAGGAAGAGGAAUGCUUGGAAAAAAUCAGAAAAUUUCUCAUCAACUUCACUCCCACUGUUGAUGCUAUUUAUGAGAUGUACAAUAAACUGAAUGCUGAUCUUGAUUAUACAGUGUGACUGCAGGAAGUUCCUCUUUCCUCCAGUGAUCCACUUACAAAGUACAAAGUCAUUUUACAUUCUGCAGUCUACAUUUUGACAUGGUUCCCUUCAGGUCAUCUGACGGCUCACUGUGGGAGUGUAUUUAUAAUACUCUGUCGUUACACAUCAAAUAUUUGUGUCAUCCGUGUACCUGGCUUUCUCGUUACGCCUUUUCCUCACUGUUGUUUGACUCUGAGGUACGUUUCCCAAAGCAGCUGCAGAUUUGAACGCAGUAUUUCUUUGUUCUCUAUUUAAAGAGUCAUGUUUCUUUACAGGAAAAACUAUGAUAUUGAUAUUAAUACAUAUUUUUAUGUACGUGAUCAUAAGAUAAUUAUACCAAGAAUCAAAAUGCUACUCAACAUAUGUUUUGGAACCAGGACUGUUCCAAAACUUAAAAAGCUUAAAAAGCCUUAAAUAAGUGAGUAAGGUGUCAAAUGUUGACAGAUUUAAUGAGCCACAUCACUAUCAACACUGAUUAAAAUACCAAAAUGUAAUCUUUGCUGUAAUCAUUUGUAUCUUUUUUAUAGUGAUUUUAAAUUUAUGUUAUUGUUAUAUAUCCCGAGAUAAGAUAAGGGCUGCAUUUACUUUUAAUUAUACAAAAAAUUAAAAAAUGACUAAACAAGAAUUUAAAAUGUGAUAAUGUGUCUUAGCAGUAUAGUUUGAAGUAAAAUGAUCAAAUUCCAAAGCACAUAAUUUACAGACACUUUGGAAAACAAGUCAUAUGUUUUCAUCUUACGCAAUGAAUACUGUGUAGUUGUCCAAUUUUUAAUGAACAAUUUUCCUUCUAAGUUAUUAAAAUUAAACUAAGUAAUUUAUUAAAGGUUAUAAAAAAACAUACAAAACACAUGAAUAGAAUAUUUUACCGCCGUCAUAUUUCAAAAGCUCCCAGAAUACAAGAAGCCAUGCAUAACUCUUCUGUUUCACCCACCCCCCAGGUUAAGAGUCUGGGUGUCAUCCUUGACAGCACACUAUCCUUUCAACCCCACAUCAGUAACAUUACCCGCUCUGCCUACUUCCACCUACGAAACAUUAAUCGCCUCCGCCCCUCCAUUACCCCCCACACUGCCGCCAUCCUUGUCCACAGUCUCGUCACUUCCCGUUUGGAUUACCGUAACUCUCUCCUCUUCGGCCUCCCUCACAAAUCCCUCCAUGAACUUCAACUGGUUCAGAAUUCAGCUGCCCGCAUCAUAACUCGAACCCCCUCCAUCCACCACAUCACUCCUGUCCUCCAACAGCUCCACUGGCUCCCGGUCCAGUUCGGUAUCCAAUUCAAAGUCCUCCUGUUUACAUUCAAGGCCAUCCACAACCUGGGGAGCAGAGCAUUCAGCCGCUCUGCUCCCCAUCUCUGGAAUUCAUUACCAUCCCAACUUAGAAACAUCGAUUAAUUCCCCCAUUUCAAAUUGCAACUCAAAACACAUCUGUUUAAAACUGCCUUUUCCACUUGAUGUCAAUUGCUCUGCCUCUUUCUGUUUUUAUUGUUGUUGUAUUCUUUAUUUUUUUGCUGCUUUUAAUGUCUUAUGUAUCCCUGUACGGUGUCCUUGAGUGCCGAGAAAGGUGCCUUUUAAAUAAAAUGUAUUAUUAUUACUAUUAUUAUUAUACACGGUUGUAAAUGGCUUCUAAUAUUGCACACCUGUUUAAGCUGGAGCUACGGAGAAUUUCAGUAACCAUGUCAGCUUCAUGCAUUCAGUCUUUUAUCUUUUUUAUACGUCACUUUGUACAAACAAGGCGGGCUAAUUAAAAACUACGUUUAAAUACGUCUUUUAUACUUCCAUGCUAUGCAGGACUUGAAUAUGAGUAUCUUAACUAAUGUUCUAAAGCAAUGCUUCAUCAGCACUACAUGCUUCUCUGUCCACUCUGCUCUCAGGCGUUUACAUAAAACUGAAUGUGUAUUUUCUUUAAACCUCUUUGUUGAGGGGAUAUCAAGGUUGCAUUAUGACUUUUUGCCUUUUACACGGUUGUUAGAUAAAAUUUCAGAUGCUUGACGAAGCUAGAUUAAAUGUCAAUAGUGAUACUUUGUCAGCGUCCCACCUUUUAAAUAAGGUUAUUUUGGUGGCCUUUGGCUAGUCAGUACUGUUUUGAGUGUGCUAAAAUGCUUGUCUGAUGUGUCUCUUGUCAUUGAAAUAAUGUUGCAGUGCAUGUAUAGUGUAAAAUAACAAAUCUUGUAUUUUCAAUUUAUGUAAACCAUAAUUUGCAAUAAAAUAUGUGCAAUAA